GGUGGGAGAGGACAGGUGGGGCAUUGGGAAUAGGAAAUGGGUCCCGUCUAAACAGAGUGGGACACCCAUACAGCCUUACCUGGGGCCCAGUGGGCCCUGUUGAGACAGUUCUGCUCUGUUUUCCUCCUGUCUUGGGCACAGUUUUGUCACUUUCCUUUCACUCUCUCUUCUCCCCUCUCUCCCCCUCUCUCCACAGUGUGCUCUCCUGUUCUGUGUCUCUUGCCCAAAGUCCCCUGGCCCCUGGUUGAUCUUGCUGCUGUUUCUCAUCUGCUGUGUAUCCAGGGAGGCACUGGACAGCUGAAGGUGAUCAGAGCUGUCAGCCAUUGCCCAGAGGAGCUGUACCCGGCGUCCUUCACUCCUUGGUGUUCCCCAACCUCAUCACCAUCAGAGAUGAGCCACCUUCUUUCCUGGAUAUUGGAGCAGGAGGGGUACGUCUUUCCAGGGAAGCUGGAGGUCACCCAGAGUAGAGGAAGAGGUAUUUUUACUGAAUGCAAUGUGCAUGAGAUGAAUUCCAGGAAUUUUCUUUUUGCUGGAGUCACCAUCUCUGGACCCAAAGGGCAACAGAGCUGGAGAGUGACAAUGACUUGCUGCAAGUCACAGGGCCGCGUAGGGACAGGGACAGGGCUACAUAACAAGUUCUUCGAGACCGUGACCUAAUCAGAGAGAACCUCUGGUGGGGGUACUGGUUGCGCAUCGAGUGCAUCGACUUUCUACUUCUCAGGCCUGAAACAAUGAGCUGGAUCAAUCCAUUGCUUUUGACUGCCAAUAAGUGCUGCGCGCUGAUUGGUCCUGGUUAAGGAAACGGAAGAAAAGGUGUGCACGUGGGACCUGCGGCGAGAGGCCUGGGCGCCGGGACGGAGCGCGUCCUGGGAGAGACCAUGGCGUCGCUGAAUUGCAGCACCGCUGUCUGCGUUAUCUGUUUGGAGAAACCCAAAUACCGCUGCCCCGCCUGCCGCGUGCCCUACUGCUCGUUGACCUGCUUCCGGGAGCACAAAGAGCAGUGCAACCUUGAAACUCGUCCUGUCAAGAAAGAAAUAAGAUCGCAUCUUACUGCAAAAAUUAAAAAGCCUGUGGAAAACACAGAUGAUGAUGACGACUCUGUAGCUGAUUUUCUCAAUAGUGACGAGGAAGAGGACAGAGUUUCUUUGCAGAAUUUAAAGAAUUUAGGGGAGUCUGCAGCGCUGAGAAGCUUACUGCUCAGUCCACACCUUAGACAGUUGAUGGUCAACCUCGAUCAGGCAGACGACAAGGCAAAGCUCAUGCGAGCCUGCAUGCAGGAGCCUUUGUUUUUGGAGUUUGCUGACUGCUGUUUAAGGAUCGUGGAACCGUCCCCGAACGAGGAUUCUUAAGGUGGAUUAUUGUGCUGCCUGCUCCUCCCAGGAGGCCAGCUCGCGUGGGGCCCUGGCAGGGGCGGUGCUUUCCGGACAUUGAGCGGCUGACCUCGGGUAGGUUCUGCACAUCCUUAUGUCCAUUGCUGCUGGGGUGCAGGCGGAUGGAGGUACUCCAGGUGGCAAACCCUUUAUGGAGAGAGAACUUGACAUUCAGAUGGUUGUUUUUAAAUGUUUUAUUUUCGGUACAAUUAAGACAUAAAAAUGGUUUUCACACCCAGUUGAGUUAAAACUUGAUCAGUGUUUCAAAAUUAAAGUGUGGUGGUUCUGUGGUGCA